AUGUCGAGCAGGAGAAGUGUUGGGAACCCAGAGUAUUUAACCAGGCGAAUUCCUCAGAAUCCCAGAUACCAACAUAUAAAAACCCGCCUUGAUACUGGUAACAGUUUAACAAAAUACACUGAGAAGUUGGAAGAGAUCAAAAGAAAUUACAGGUACAAAAAGGAUGAGCUGUUUAAAAGGCUGAAAGUGACAACUUUUGCCCAGUUGGUCAUCCAGGUUGCCUCUUUAUCUGAUGAAACCCUAGAAGUGACAAAUGAGGAGAUCCAGAAGCUGGAAGAUGCUGAUUCUGCCUCUCCAGAUGCAGAUGCUGAAGUCACAGGAGGGACAAAUGGGAAAGGAAGCCCUGAUGGAACACCUAGUCCAGUCCUGUUCCUAAACAACACAGGAACUGGGGACUCCCAUAGGUCCACACUGCAAAGUGUGAUAAGUGGUGUUGGUGAAAUGGAUAUAGAAAAAGAAGACACUCCAAAGAAAGUGGACACUCGGGCUAAAGACCUGCCCUAUCCUGACUGCCCCUUCCUGCUCUUGGAUGUACGAGACCGAGACGAGUACGACCAAUGUCACAUUGUUGGAGCUCAUUCCUACCCCAUUGCAACGCUGUCUAGAACCAUGAACCCCUAUACAAAUAGUAUUCUGGAAUAUAAAAAUGCCCAUGGAAAAAUUAUCAUUUUAUAUGACAACGAUGAAAGGUUGGCCAGCCAAGCUGCCACAACCAUGUGUGAGAGGGGCUUUGAGAACUUGUUCAUGUUGUCUGGAGGCCUGAAGGUGCUUGCACAGAAGAUUCCUGAAGGUCUCAUCACCGGCUCACUCCCUGUGUCCUGUCAGGUGACAACUCCCACUGGCUCUGCCCGCAGAAAGCCCUCUCUCAAAGUGCCACCCACACGUGCUGAGAAUAAAUGGAGGUUUUCUGCAGAUGAUCUCCAAAAGAUCAAGUACUACCUGGAAGAGGAGCACGUGCCUUCAGACACUGCCAGCCGGCUUAGCCGUGGCUCUUCAGGCCGUGAUUCCAAGGUGACAACCGUGAGGAGCAGCUCCAGUCUCCCCAGCUCUGCCGGAUCCCUCGCCACCCGCUCGCUCAGCAGGAGCAACCUCCAGCACAGGCCAUGGAAAUAA